AGGCCCCACCCCUCCCGCUAGGACGCAGCGCACGCUGUGACGUCUGCACACCCGGCUCCUGACCUCGGCUUCUCGCUGUCUGCUCGCGCCUUCGUCCUCCAGCGCAGGCCUCCGGGCUUCGGCUCCGGUGUUGGUUGGGUGCAGGCCUGGUGUGGUCUCCAAAGCGACUGAACAAUGCAGAAGGACAGUGGCCCAUUGAUGCCUUUACAUUAUUUUGGUUUCGGCUAUGCAGCCCUGGUUGCUACCGGUGGGAUUAUUGGCUAUGCCAAAGCAGGUAGUGUGCCGUCCCUGGCUGCUGGACUCUUCUUCGGGGGCCUAGCAGGCCUGGGUGCCUACCAGCUGUCUCAGGAUCCCAGGAAUGUGUGGGUUUUCCUAGCUACAUCUGGGACCUUGGCCGGCAUUAUGGGGAUGAGAUUCUACAACUCUGGGAAAUUUAUGCCUGCAGGGUUGAUCGCAGGAGCCAGUUUGCUGAUGGUUGCCAAAGUUGGAAUUAGUCUGUUGAGUUCACCUCAUCCCUAACAGCCGUAACCCCUCGAGGGCUCGUGAAGACUUGAAGCUCUCCAGACCACCACAUUACAAUGUUGAAGAGAGAAGUGCAGCAUAUUUACAUAGUGGGACAUUUUUCAAAGACCCACCCUGAGCACACUGAGGCAACCAUGUGCUGUUGCUGUGGUGGCCAUUCAGAGGCGGCGAGCGUCCGACUUCAGCUCACGCUGCCUUCAGGCGGCUUCGUUAUGAUGCCUCGCCUUUCUGUACUCACAGAUAAAGGGGUACAAUGGUGACUGUCAACACGGGGUGGGGGUGGGGGGCAGAGCUGUAUGCCCUGCCCAGAAGUGUGUGAAAUCUCUUGGAGAUAUUGGUGAUGUGGGAUCUUUUGCACAGGUCUGCUAUGAAAUUAUGUUACAGUGACAUUAUCAGUGGAAAUAAAGUUUUCUAUUAAGACCA